AUGAAAGCUGAUAAAUUUCCUACUGUUGUCGAAUCGGCGUUGACAAAUGGGGGCAAACGUACCGUUAUUGAUUCCGACCUAGCUACUGGUGCCGCAGCUCCGUCGCAUUAUCAUACCGACUUCACGGAAGAAUUCACCCUUGUCAGUGGUUCAAUGACUGUUUGGACUGCGGAAGAUCUGGACGAGGCCAAUUUCAAACCACUCGAGCUCGAGGUGGGCAAGCCGGUAUCGGUUCCUCCAAACACACUACACAAAUUCUUGGUCAACGAACCGUCACGCGUCCACUGCGUAAUGACCCCCGGCACCAUUGGAUUCGAAAGAAUGAUUCUCAUUAUGCGCGGCACAGCAGAAGAUGGCGUUUACAAACAGUUCAGCUCGCCUGAGAGCGACAGUGGUGCAACAUUCUAUUCGGUCCUUGGAGAUCUCACCAACACCCUAUACGUUGGAAAUGCAAAGGCGAGACUCGAAGCUUUGAUCGCAGCUAAAGGGUCGGAGGUCGAGGCGGUGAAGCAGGAGCUGAUUGCCAAAUACGCGACCGAUGAGCAUUUGAAGAAAGCUGCAGGCCUUUGA